GCAAAAAUGAAGUUCUACCCCGUUACACAGUCAAUAUCACAGGUCACAGCAGCACUGUCAUAUGAAGGAUAGUUUUAAAUCCCAGUGUUACACAUCCCACAUUAUAACUAAAAAGUCACCCAAAAGGUCCCUCGUCGGAGCAGAUAGACACGAGCACAAACACGCACCAGUCAACCCCUCAUUGCACUUUCCUCCUCACGGACACGCGCACACACCCUCAUUCAGAGGCAUGGGUUCCAUGCUCCGCAUGUCUGUUCGCGCCCAGGGAGCUGCUGACUUCCUCAACCGGAGCGUCUUCCUCACCCAGACUCAGGUCACCUCUCUGCGACAGACAACUAUUAGACUUGGAAGAGGAGUCUGUGAUCAAAGUUUGAAAGCGGCCCCGGAGGUCUGUGGGAAAUGUAGUUCAAAACCGGAAAAACCCGGAUGUCGAGAAGGCGCGCUUAGCCUGAGGCCCAGAGGAACGCGCUGCGGAGACCCUUGGGAAACAGCGCGCGGAAAUACGCAGGCGCAGGCUGUUGGCCAGUGGCCGAAGAAAUCAGUGUCAUUCAAAGAUGUGACUGUGGACUUCAGUCAGGAGGAGUGGCAGCACCUAGAUUCUACUCAGAAGACUCUAUACAUGGAUGUGAUGUUAGAAAACUAUUGCCACCUCAUCUCCGUGGGAUGUGACAUGACCAAACCUGAUGUGAUCCUCAAAUUAGAACGAGGAGAAGAGCCCUGGACCUCAUUUACAGGUCAUGCCUGUUUAGAAGAAAACUGGAAAGCUGAAGACUUGUUAAUGAAAUUCAAGGAACACCAAGAUAAGUAUUCUAGAUCAGUUGUGUGCAUUAACCACAAAAGAGUUAUCAAGGAGAAGAAUGGCAUAUAUGAGAGAACAUUUGAUCUAGUCAAAAAAUCUGCUGAUUCAAAGAAUUUACCUCCUGAAUAUGACACUCAUGGGAAGAUUUUGGAAAAUGUUUCAGGAUUAAUUCUCAGUAAUCUAAGUCCUGCAAGAAAGAGACUUAAUGAGUACAAUGGAUAUGGGAAAUCCCUCCUUAACAAUAAGCAAGAAACAGUCCCUGCUGAAAUCAAAUCCCAUAAUCAAAGUGAUAGGACCUUCCAUCAUAAUGAUGUGCUUAUGCAGUUUCAGAAGAUGGUAACUCCAGCACAGUCAUUUGGAUACAAUGAGUGUGAGAAAUCAUUCCUUAAAAAGGGAGGCUUAAUCACACACAAUAGAGUGUACAAAGGGGAAACACCACCUGUGCAGAAUAAAAAGAGAAGAGCAGGCCAUAUUGAAAAAAAGCAUACAUGUGCUGAAUGUGGGAAAUCGUUCUGCAGAAAGUCAGUUUUGAUUCUGCAUCAGGGAAUUCACACAGAGGAAAAACCCUAUCAAUGCCAUCAGUGUGGGAAUGCAUUCAGAAGGAAGUCCUAUCUUAUUGAUCAUCAGAGAACUCACACAGGAGAGAAACCCUUUGUUUGUAAUGAGUGUGGUAAGUCCUUCCGCCUAAAGACAGCACUCACUGAUCAUCAGAGAACACAUACAGGAGAGAAGUCAUAUGAAUGUCCACAAUGUAGAAAUGCCUUCAGAUUGAAGUCACACCUCAUUCGUCAUCAGAGAACUCACACAGGAGAGAAACCAUAUAAGUGUAAUGACUGUGGAAAGUCCUUCCGCCAGAAGGUAACACUCUCUCUACAUCAGAGAAUUCAUACAGGGGAGAAACCUUAUAUUUGUGAAGAAUGUGGAAAGUCCUUUCACCAGAAGGCAAACCUUACUGUACAUCAGAGAACUCAUACAGGGGAGAAGCCCUAUAUUUGUAAUGAAUGUGGUAAAUCCUUCUCCCAGAAGACUACCCUUGCUCUUCAUGAGAAAACUCACAACGAGGACAAACCUUAUAUUUGUAAUGAAUGUGGAAAGUCUUUCCGCCAGAAGACAACCCUUGUAUCGCAUCAAAGAACACAUACAGGGGAGAAAUCUUAUGAAUGUCCUCACUGUGGGAAAGCUUUUAGAAUGAAAUCAUACCUCAUUGAUCAUCACAGAACUCACACAGGAGAAAAACCAUAUGAAUGUAAUGAAUGUGGGAAAUCAUUUACUCAGAAGACAAAUCUCAAUCUACACCAGAGAAUUCAUACAGGAGAGAAACCCUAUAUCUGUAAUGAAUGUGGGAAGUCCUUUCGCCAGAAAGCAACCCUGACUGUACAUCAGAAAAUACACACAGGUCAGAAAUCCUAUGAAUGUCCUCAAUGCGGGAAAGCCUUUAGCAGGAAGUCUUAUCUCCUUCAUCAUCAAAGAACUCACACGGGAGAAAAACCAUAUAAAUGUAAUGAAUGUGGAAAGUACUUCCGCCAGAAGACAAAUCUUAUUGUACAUCAAAGAACUCACACAGGGGAGAAACCCUAUAUUUGUAAUGAGUGUGGUAAGUCCUUCAGUUACAGGAGAAGCCUCAUUGUCCAUCAGAGAACGCAUAAGGGAGAAAACAUGGAAAUGCAAUAAAUAAAGUGGUUUCUUUAUAAAGUCGUUCCAAGUUAACGUAAACCUUUAGGUUUAAAAAGAAAGGCAUGCUUAAACAUGUUGAUGUAAUUUUAAUCACAAAUGUAACAACAGUCUUUAAAGUUCCACACCACAAAUCUACUGUUUACUAGCAAAAGAAAUGGGUGUGAUCAUUGUUAUUGGGUUGUCAGCACUGACACUCAAUUAUAGUUUGUAACUGUACCUACCUGCUGACUCAAAGGCUUUAUUUAAAAAUACAAUACAUGUAGAAGUAAACUACAAAAUGGUAUCAGCAUUGAUCUCCAUUAAAAUUUUUAAAAAUAUGAAUUUUUUCAGUCUAUAAAAUAAAAAGUAGUUUUUACUUCCCCAAGGAUUACCACUUCUACAAAAAAGAAAGAAAAAGAAAAAAAAUUACCACUUCCCUGGCUUAUAACCUCAUUAAACUAGUUUAUGCAUGCUUUCAAUUUUUAUUUACAUAUUUUUUAUUUAGACACCAUGAAUUCAUGUUCUGCUUUGUUUUACUGAACAUUUUAAGAUUGGUAUAGCAUUUCAUGUGGCAGUAGUAUAUAUUCAUUUUAUAUACUAUUCCAUUUUAAGAAUAUACUGCUAUUUAUCCAAUUGAUGGAUAUUUGUAUUUUUAUAUUUUGUGUUAUAAUAAAAAUAAUGCCAUAAUUAUUCUUGUUAUGUUUUUGGUGUAUAUUCAACACUGGAAUGAUUUUGUCCAGGAGAAUAUCUUAAGUCUUUUCAGUUAUGGGAGAUAUUGCUAAACAUUUGAGACCUUUUUCAACAGUCAAUGUAGAAAAGUUUUUAGCAGUCAUUCAAAUAGAGAAUUUUUGCUAAAAAAGAUAAAAAUAAAAACCGUAUAAUUUAAUAAUAGUGCGAAGCUGUUUGUGUGAAGGCAGUAAAUGUAGGAAGGCCUUUUGUUGCUCAAGUCCUACACAAAACAGAGCAAUUCCAAUUACAAGUGAAUACUAGAUGCCGAUUUUAGGACAUUUUGAACAUCAAAGAAUUCACACAGGAGAAAGGGAUG